CAGGGAAGGGGCCGGUGGCGGGGAAACGGAGAGCGGGCGUCGGUGCUGGGGCUCCAACUCCCAUUUUCAAUGCCGGGGUUAGCCGUCUUGGAAUGUGUAGAAUUAUAGUCCCGAUAAAUUGCUGCUGGGCGCGUGCAGAGUGCCUUUCUUUCUCACUAGCUCUAAUUGUUUUGAUAGUGUGCCAUCUAGUGUCUCAGGUGCUGAAGCUGGAUAUAUAAUUUAUACAAAGACUUGGGAAUUAUUCUACAUACUCUUGUACAACCCAACAGAAGACCUUUUCAGUAUGUCACCACAGAACAUUGAAGCUGGUGCUGUGCUACGUUUCCCAUAAUAAGGGAGAUACAGAGGCAACUUUCAACUUAGUUUGAUGUGAACAAAUCUUGUUUUCUCCUAGAAAAAAUGAAAGAUAUUGCAGAAGAUCAUCUGUACUUAGACUACUUUAAUCACAAAGAGGAUUGUAUUUUUCCUCUCCAUACAUAUAUAUCCUUAUUUCUGUUGUCGUACUGUGACUGUAAGACAUUCAAAGUUUUUUUAGUAACUCCUGAUGAAAACGCUUCAGAUGUCCAGCUUACAGACAAAGUACUGCCAAAAGACCUGGAAAUUUGCCUCAUCAAAAGGUGUGAACUUCCAUUGGUGGCCCAGAUUUGCUGUUUGCCUGCUAUUGUUGAAAAGAAUAGAACAUUCUGUCAUGCAGGACUUGCUGUGGUAUUGAGACACAUAAUACAUAAAACAUAUGAAUCAGAUCCAUCAAAGGAGAACGUUUUGGAACUGCUGGGCUUUAAAAAGACCUGUUUGAAAGCUUGUGCUGAAGUUAGCGAAUGGACCAGACUUUGUGAAAUCAGCAUUCCUCUAGCUGUUGAAAACUGUCUAAAGGGGUCGCCUGAUCAGCACCAGAAUAUUCCAGAAGAGGUAUUACAGUUUGAAAAGAAAUUGGGAGAACCUGUAAAAGUGCACAAUGAUGAUAAAAUUCGAAGACAGAAAGUUGAACAACAAACAACAUUUGUCAAGACAGCAAGUAAUGAUGCUUCCUCACAAGCAGAAAAAUUAUCAGAAACUGUGGAGUCCAUUCCUGCUGAUCUGGAACUGAGCGUAGCUUUCUCUAAGUUAACUGUGCAGAAAUUGCCAGUUGCUACCUGUAGAAAACCCUCUCAUAUUAGAAAGAUGAAAACAUCAGAACUCCCACUUUUGGAGCAUGUUUUUGCUGAAGGGCUUUAUUUCACUUUGGCAGAUGUAGUUCUCUUUCCAUGCAUCCAUCACUUUUUGGCUUUCAGCAAGAAGUACCAAGAGAACAGGUCACAGUUGCCUUUGAUUUUCCAUUGGUACCAGAGAGUUCAAGAAGUGCCUGGAAUAAAACAAGCUGCUGUCAAAUGCAAUCUGCAGUUUUCCAAGUAUGCAGGAUCAUGUUCUUUACCAGAUGAAUGCCAGCAAAAUAUCAGCACAGUUUCUGAUGAAACAGAAGAGAAGCAUGAUGUUGCUCAGUUUAUAGGUGGACCAAGGCCAACACUUUCAAAAUUAAUGGAAAAUGGUAUUGAAGCCAAGUUUUCUCCUCAUCCUUGCCCUAGCUGGGUCCUAGAUUGGGACAGUCUACCAGAAGCAGUUAACCCAGGAAAAGGAAAGAUGUCCAGUGAUCGUGCUUUAAGGAAACAACAGCAGCUCAACAAUCUGGUGGCUUUAGUGACAAACUUGGCUAAACCUGAAGAUGUAAUUGUGGACUUCUGCAGUGGUGGGGGCCAUGUUGGAAUUGUUCUUGCUCACAUAUUGUCAUCAUGCAAGAUAGUAUUGGUUGAAAACAAAGAGUUGUCACUGAUACGUGCUAAAGAGAGGAGUUGUGAACUAGGAUUAAAGAACAUUUGGUUCAUCCAAGCAAAUAUGGACAAUUUCAAAGGAAUGUUUAAUAUUGGGGUGGCAUUGCAUGCUUGUGGAGUGGCCACGGAUAUGGUGAUUGAAAGCUGUAUCAAAGUUCGUGCAGCAUUUGUUAUCUCCCCUUGCUGUUACGGCUUCAUUCAGAACACAGCCAAGUUUGCGUUUCCACGAAGUCAUCAGUUCAAGGAGGUGCUAUCCUGUAAGGAGCACAUGGUUCUCUGCAGAUUUGCUGAUCAGACAGCUGUCCAGCUUCCUCCUGAACGCAGGAAAAUAGGUAAGCAUUGUAUGGGGCUGGUGGAUUUGGAUCGGGCGUGGAACGUGGAAAGAUGGAACUAUUCUGUCCAAGUGAUAACCAUGGAACCUGAAACAUGUUCUCCAAAGAACAACAUGAUCGUGGGUGUCCCAGUUUAGUUCAAAGGUUUUGCUGAUCAAUUCGAACUAAUAAUCAGUCCUUCUGAUCAAAAGCCAGUGACAUUUGGAGAUUAAAACUACGGCUGGAAAACAGACACUGCACAUCUUGAAUCCAUUCUCUCCAGAAAAAGGAAGUGGAGAGGAAAGGGCUUGGCAGUGGAGCUGCCUGCAAAGCUUCCUAAAUCCUGUUUGAAAUGUAUGAUUAAAUGACAGCUGGUUCUCAGAACAGGAAUAUCCCAGACUGUUCAUCCCUUCACCCCCCUCCACCCCAGUAAUAGCAACCAAUAAAGUUUUUUUUUUUAAAGCUUA